AUGGGGCUCUCAAGUUUCCCUAUCGCAGCUGAAGGAGUGCUACCUGUGCUAGUAAUGAACACAGUCUUAUCAGUUGCUCUACUUAAAAACAUGGUGAGGUCAGUGCUACAAGUGAUGGGUGCUAGUUGGACUCCUCCGGAUUAUGAGGAGGAACCAGAUGGACACGAUCCACAAGAAAAUGGGAGAGAGAGAAGAAUAUCAAUAACCCAGUUCAAGUCCUUGAACCAGAAUAACAGCAGUACUUGCGGGGGGCUCCUAGUACAAUGGAAUGUUGUGUGUGUCUAUGUGGGUUUGAAGCUGAAGAGGAGGUGA